CGUGAUCGGCCUUCAGGUAUCGUGUGCCUGCGGAGGUACCCACCGAAGGCGACAGAUCUCGCUUCCCACGCCGCUUCAUGUGUGGUAUCUGCGGCCGGGUCCACCGGCGCAGGUGAUUCCCGAUUGUAACGAAUCGUUUAAGGUCGACCGCGACGCGUCUCCCCUCUACUUCCCGUUCCUUCCCCCCACACCUUCUUAUCCUGCCUCAAAGCUGCCUCUUCGCUCUCAAAGAUAGGGUUCGAAAGGGAGGGAGGAGGAGAUGGCGCCGCGAGGGAGGGUGGAGCUGCGACGGAUCGAGAACCGCAUCAGCCGCCAGGUGCGCUUCUCUAAGCGCCGGGGCGGCCUCUUCAAGAAGGCCUACGAGCUUGCCGUCCUCUGCGACGCCGAGGUCGCCCUCGUGGUCUUCUCCCCCGCGGGGAAGCUGUACGAGUUCUCCAGCGUCCUCAGCCUGGAGAAGACUAUUGACCGCUACAAGAAUUUUAUGAAAGAAGAUAGAUAUGUUGGCAAGCAUGAUGACCCAAAUCAGAAUAAUGAACAAGGAUUUGCGCAUUCAGAAGGCAAUUCCAAACUACUGGAGAUUGUUGAAAGGGUUUUUGGAACAGAUUUUGACAAGCUGAAUAUGGAUGACCUUGACCGGCUGGAGAAUGAUAUAUGUGUUGCACUAAAAUGGAUAAGAUCUAGAAAGGAUCAGUCGAUGAUGGAUUCAUUAGCCAACCUUUCUGCGAAGGAGAAAUCAUUACUUGAGGAGAGAAGACUUUUGCAAUCUGCGUUAAUCAUGGAGGAGGGAAGCGACUCGAAGAAGAUCGCCGACAACAGCGCGGCAGCGGAAGCAGCGGGAACGUCACCGGGGAACGCGGAGGGCCGCUACGCUGCUUGGUGGCGACCGCCUUCACGGUCGUCGCAGCCGGAGGUCGAUACGCCGUAGGAAGCCGUCGGGGCUAUCGUUGUCCUCUUCUAUUAGUGUAAGCGGUGUGCGGUGUCGCGUCUGGACCAAUCCUUCGGUUUCCCGAUAGUUCGGGAGCCAUGUCGCUGUGUCACAGUUGUUUUGAUGCCUUCUGCUGUUACAACUAUACCCAAACCAACGGAACGACACGUGGUACUCACGAUAAUAUAUACAAUAAAGUAUUUUAAAGCCCUUAAACCAA